AGUUCAUGUCCUGAUCAUGCGCAUUAUCCGUAUUUACCCGAGAGCAGGAUAAAACAUAACAGAUAGUCUGUAUGAUUGUAUGUGUCAAGCUACAGCCUAAUCGAUAUCUGUUCUUGCGAUAAACAAUGUCAUUAUUGGGAGCUUUGACAUGUGCUGUACGGACUGUCUUUACUUCUUACUGUACGAUUACAAACGGCCAUAACCAUGUCACACUGGUCUCACAUCAAUGCCUCAACAAACGACUGAGGCUGUUGACGAGAUGGAUCGUCCAAGUGCGCAUUAUGUAGGCCUAUUGCUUGUCGCAGGCUUCGCUGUGUUUACUGUAGCCCUGUUUGCGAUACUGAUAGCGUUUGUGAUCCUAGUGUUUCAGGCCAGAUGUCGGAAUACAAGUUCCUUUUUGACGAUAUCGGCAGUGGGGCUGACUAUACAAAUCAGUUUGACUAUUGCCUUAUUCAAGGGUAUAACCGGAUGCAGUGUGAAUCCUGACGACAGCUUUUUAAGCUUUUCGUUUCUGUUUAAUUAUUACCAACACCUUAGCACGGGGAAAUCUUCGGAAUAUGCCAACUGUUGUGUAGACUUUCGUACUUGUGCUAUUUUUUUAUCAGUUAUAAAUUUAGUUGCAUUACUUAAUCAGGCAAUAUUGAACAACUUACCCAAAAAGAUACAAACAGCAGUUCGUUGUGCAACUAUUUCAUACUUCGCAGUAAUUACUGGUGCAGUGAUCUGGAUUUAUAGGACGUCAGGACGUGACCUAAUAUUAACCGCUGCAUUUGGAACACUGCCGACCUGUCCGCAUGCGGCACGUGCACAUAUUCUUCCGGUGCUGAUGGAAACACUAUUCAUUUACGGUCCAGCUUUAACUGCGUUACUGAAAACAUUGAACUCACACAAAGGACAGCCGGAUGAAAAACUGGAAUGUAUGGUUUUCAAGGAUUGUUGGAGCGAUGAUGGUGUUCAAUGCUCAGUUUGUUUGGGUUCGAAUCGACUUCUGAAGGAUGCUUGCAUGUUCUACGCGUUUAUCAUGCUUAUAUUUAGACCUGCCAUAUAUAUUUGUUUUUCGACUUUUAAUGGCUACAUACCGGAGAUUUAUGUAUUCGGUUGCAAUUUGUUGAUUCCUGUCGUUCUCGCUAUUAACGCAAUACCUUAUUUAAAUCGAAUAUUCGUAAAGUCUAUGCAUGCUGUUGACAGUGACAUUAAAACUGAGUUAAAUAUAAUCAAAAUUUGAUUUCUAUGUCAGUUUUUAUCGUUCGUCAAUAAAUAAAGUAAUAAAUACAAUGU